AUGGAAUAUGAAGAGGAUGAUGACAUUUCCUUUGCGAAAUGGAUGAGCAGUUUCUGGGGCCACAGCUUGAUCGACGAGGAUGAGAAGGAGGGUCGAGGCCACAAGAAACGGCAGGGGGGGGGGAGAGGGGAGCGGAAAGCUGCCCUAUCUGCCAAGCUUUCCUCCUUCCAUACAACAAGACUUCAUGCCUCUACCAAAGUCUCUUCUUCAGGGCAUCUCAAGGGCUGCAAGGGGUUUCGAGAAGACCAAGAUGCCAAGUGCCACUGCCACAAGAGGGCAAGCAGAACACCUUCCACCGACAGCUCGUGCCCAGAGACAAGAUCCAAUUCCAUCCAGGAGUUUGCAGAGUCCUUUGAGAGGCAACUGCAUUUCAGGAGCAAACGUUCAGUUUCCCUGCAACCUGAGGGCAUGAAAGAGAGAAGCGAACGCGAGAGAUUGCUUUCACCAAAGAGCAGUUCUCACAAGAAAAUGAGAGGGAAAUCAGAGCCAAGGAGAGAGCAGAGAGAAGAUGAAAGCCCAGAGCUUGCACUUGCAAAUCACGACGAACAGUUUCCAUCACAAGCAAGCAUUGAGAAAGGAUAUUUUUGUGCAGGCAGCUAA